UUUGACCCAAUCGAUACACCAGGCCUAAACUCCCCUGGAUGUAAACGCGGAAAAGUCAAUUGAUCCAAGAACAACCAUCAACCCAAGUCCCAAGAGUAAACAAAAUCCUCUAAGUUUUGGUUCAAUCAACUGCAAAAAUGGAGUUGCAGCAGUCAGAGUAUUCUCGUUGAUCGCUUAUGUUGCAAUGGAAAGACAUAAAAAGCAAGGCAAGAAGAUGGUAGAAGAGGAGGAAUCGCUGAGAUUGAGUACAAGUAAGGGGAACGGGGGAUUAAGUUCCAUGGAUUCAAUUGAAUCCUACCGGUGGGUGUUUCAAGACGAGGAUGAUUCGGUGGUCGAUGAUGAUGGAGACGACGAUUUGCCGUUACGGAAUGGCAUGGAUUCGGAGGAUGAAGAUAAUGCUGACCACAAGUUGAUUCGGACUGGGCCGCAGAUUGAUUCAUUGGAUGUAGAAACUCUUGAGGUCUCAGGUGGUCAGAGGAAUGAUCUGGAGGAUGUUACUUUUAGAAAGAGUGUUAAGCUGGCUUUUCAAACACUCGGGGUUGUUUUUGGGGAUGUUGGAACAAGUCCACUGUAUACUUUCAGUGUAAUGUUCAGCAAGGCUCCAAUAGAGGGAAAUGAAGACAUUAUUGGAGCAUUGUCCCUUGUUAUAUAUAGCCUAAUUUUGAUCCCACUAAUCAAGUAUGUCCUCAUUGUUCUNGAUGGUGAAGGUGGAACAUUUGCAUUAUACUCACUUAUAUGUAGGCAUGCUAAGGUGAGUCUACUCCCAAAUCAGCCUGCUUCUGAUACACGCAUAUCAAGCUUCAAGCUUAAGGUUCCAUCUGCAGAACUUGAGAGAUCAUUGAGAAUAAAGGAACGCCUUGAAGCUUCAUUGGGACUUAAAAAGCUUCUUUUAAUGUUGGUCCUUGCUGGCACUUCCAUGGUCAUAGCUGAUGGGGUUGUUACCCCUGCAAUGUCAGUAAUGUCUGCAGUUCGUGGUUUAAAGGUUGGAGUUCCUUUGUUUGAGGAAGAUCAUGUGGUGAUGAUUUCAGUUGCAUAUCUUAUUAUUUUGUUCAGUGUACAAAAAUUUGGAACAAGUAAGAUUGGGCUUGCUAUUGGGCCAGCCCUAUUUGUAUGGUUUUGCUCUCUUGGGGGCAUUGGCAUUUACAACCUUGUGAAAUAUGACAGCAGUGUCUUGAAGGCAUUUAAUCCUCUUCACAUCUAUUACUAUUUCAAAAGGGACUCAACCAAAGCUUGGUACUCUCUAGGUGGAUGCCUACUCUGUGCAACUGGUUCAGAAGCAAUGUUUGCAGAUCUUUGCUACUUUUCUGUGACAGCUAUCCAGCUUAUUUUUGCUUUCCUUGUACUUCCAUGCCUUAUGUUGGGUUACUUGGGUCAAGCUGCCUACCUGAUGGAUAACAACAGUGAUGCACAACAGCCUUUCUUUUCUUCUAUCCCAUAUGGUAGUUUCUGGCCAGUGUUCCUGAUUGCUAAUAUUGCUGCAUUGAUUGCUUGUAGAACAAUGACAACAGCAACUUUCUCAUGUGUCAAACAGUCAAUAGGCCUUGGUUGUUUUCCUCGCCUCAAAAUCAUCCACACUUCUCGCAAAUUCAUGGGCCAGAUUUACAUUCCAGUUAUCAACUGGUUUCUCUUGGCUGCUGCCCUUCUUCUUGUCACUUUCAUUGCAAGCACUGAUGAGAUUGGAAAUGCAUAUGGAGUUGCUGAGAUUGGAGUGAUGAUGAUGACCACUGUCUUGGUAAUCCUUGUAAUGCUUCUCAUAUGGCAGAUCAACAUCAUUCUGGCCAUGUCCUUUUCCGUCAUUUUCCUUGGUUUGGAGUUUGUAUUCUUGUCAUCUGUUUUAUGGGGCAUCAGAGAUGGAAGCUGGCUCAUACUGGUGUUUGCUAUGAUCGUAUUUUUCAUAAUGUAUAUAUGGAAUUAUGGUAGCAAGCUGAAACACGAAACAGAAAUGAAGAAAAAAAUGUCAAUGGAUGUAAUGCGUCAGUUGGGUAGUAACCUUGGAACUGUGAGAGCUCCUGGAAUUGGAUUGCUUUACAAUGAGCUGGCAAAUGGCAUACCUACUAUAUUUGGACAGUUUCUUGCCACUCUGCCAGCUGUCCAUUCCAUGAUUAUCUUUGUCUGCAUAAAAUAUGUCCCUGUUCCUUCUGUCCCUCCUACUGAGAGAUUUCUUUUUCGCCGUGUCUGCCCUAAAAGCUACCACAUUUUUCGUUGCAUUGCCAGAUAUGGGUACAAGGACAUUCACAGAGAGAAUCACCAGAUAUUCGAGCAGCUACUGAUCGAAAGCCUGGAGAAGUUCAUUCGGCGGGAAGCAAAGGAACGGUCAUUGGAAAGUGACGGGGAUGACGAUUCCGAUUCCGGUUCCAAUUCCGAUUCCGAGUCUAAACGGGUUCUCAUUGAUACAAAUGGGAGUUUGUAUUCACUAGGCGCCCCUCUCUUGUCCAAAAACCGAAACAAGGCCAAAACCAUCACCGUAAUCACGGAAGCAAGCACUUCGCGGCCACGUGAACCGGAAGCGGAAACGGAAAAGGAUUCCGGUAGCAAUUCCAAUUCCGUUCAGGACAAGAGUCUAGAGAACGAGCUUGCGGUUUUACGUAUGGCUAAGGAAUCAGGGAUAGUUUAUCUUCUGGGGCAUGUAUCGAUUAGGGCACGAAAAGAUUCCUGGUUCAUUAAGAAAUUGGCCAUAAAUUAUUUUUAUGCUUUUUUGAGGAAAAAUUGCAGGAGGGGGAUUGCAACUUUAAGUGUGCCACACACACGUCUCAUGGAGGUCGCCAUCACUCACAUGGUUUGAUUCCAAUUCUGUAUUGUGCAUUGUUUGCUAAUUUGUUGUGUGUAUUUUUUGGAUAGGGUUAAGUUUUUCUUACUCAGUUCGUGUAACAAGUAUAGGUUGUUUUGGAGAUGAUUUAGUUGUAUUGAGGGGAUAGAACCCAAAAAGAAAACAUUGUCUUGGUAUUUAUUUUGAAUAUAUGAAACAUUAUUGUUGUAUUUAGUUUGGGGCAGA